AUGGAGGUUCUAUCGCCCAAACAGCGUCUCAUCAUGGCGGGCAUGAAAUGCAACUCCCUGCCGAAGAUCGCGAAGGUGAAUGUAGAACUGCACCAAGUCGGAACCAGCAGUCCCGCACGUUCGGAGGAUUUGACGUCAAAGCUCUACCGAAACGUCACCCAAACCCCAAGCCCAGCAAGUGAACGGGUACAACGAGCUCAUUCGCUGUACACACUGUCAGCACCAGGCAACAACGAGUACCAGACGAACACGCUGGUGAAUCUCUUACCACCCACUACACACACCACGCCAGUCGAAUAUGAAAUCAUCGACCCAUCUGAGGAAGUAGCUCCUGCCACCCCGUCAAUCUCUGUCAGCGAACUUGCAUCAGGACCCGGCACUCGGGCGAGCUGGCGCAUCGGCAUUGUCGUCGUCUGCAUACUGCUCGCAUUCGUCCUUCUCACUGUGAUCAUCCUCGGAGUCUACUUCGUCAAAAGGUGA